AUGGAGGACAUUAUGAAUGCACUUCGUCACAUCCAAAAAGAGUUAGAUGAACAAAAAAUCGCCAUACAAAGAAGUGGAGAAAAAGUUACGGAACAGGUAACACAAAAUAUAAAUAGCAUAAUGGAAGAAAAAUUUACAAUUUUAGAAAAAAAAUAUGACAACCUCCAAACAAAAGUAGAAAAUCAAGAGAAACGUCUUUAUUUUUUGGAAAAACAAGCAAGACGACGAAACUUUGUAUUGUUCGGAUUAGACGAAAAAGAGACAUCAUACUCAAACUUGGAAAAUACUUUGGUAGAAUUUACAAAAAAAUACUUUGAGUUAAACAUAGAACGAAGAGACAUACAAGAAAUAAAGAGAAUUGGAAAAAAAGGAGAAAGACCUAGACCAAUUGUUGUCACUCUUUCUAAUCUAGGAUUAAAAAUCGAGAUAUGUAAACAAAAAAAUGCACUAAAAGACACAACAUACUAUAUAAAGGAAGAUUACCCACGGGAUAUAUUAAAUAAAAGAAAAGAAUUACAAAAGCAACUAAAGAUUGAAAGAGAAAAAGGAAACACUGCCAUAAUAAAAUACGAUAAACUUAUAGUACUAGACAAGAAUAUAACAAAUAAGAGAAAUCUCUCAAUAUCUCCUGAAAAUAUCCAUAAUCUAGUAAAUAAACCAAAAAAGAAUAAACAACAACUGUCUGACUCAAAAAUCAAGGUCAUAAGGUCAAAUAGUGUCACCGAAAAAGCUAUAAAACCAAGCAUGUUGAACUUCUUGACAACGAAUACAUAA